CCCAUUUAUAUGCUCCUGGGUGCCUUCCUGGUUCCAGAGCUUCCACCAGGAGAGCAGAAUUCCGUCAGCUUUUGCCACCCCUUAGACAAGCCCAGCCGUCACCCCACCGACCUCCUCCAGCCUAACUCUCCUUCUCUCUUAUCAGUGGCGGCACCUGACUUGCUGGAUCCAAAAUCUGCCGCUCAGAACUCCAAGCCCAGGCUCUCGUUUUCCACGAAACCCACCGUGCUUGCUUCCCGGGUGGAGAGUGACACGACCAUUAAUGUUAUGAAAUGGAAGACGGUCUCCACGAUUUUCCUGGUGGUUGUCCUCUACCUGAUCAUCGGAGCCACCGUGUUCAAAGCAUUGGAGCAGCCUCACGAGAUUUCCCAGAGGACCACCAUCGUGAUCCAGAAGCAAACCUUCAUUUCCCAGCACUCCUGUGUCAACUCGACUGAGCUGGACGAGCUCAUCCAGCAAAUAGUGGCAGCAAUAAAUGCAGGGAUUAUACCGUUAGGAAACACCUCCAAUCAAAUCAGUCACUGGGACUUGGGAAGUUCCUUCUUCUUUGCUGGCACUGUUAUUACCACCAUAGGGUUUGGAAACAUCUCACCACGCACAGAAGGGGGAAAAAUAUUCUGUAUCAUCUAUGCCUUACUGGGAAUUCCCCUCUUUGGUUUUCUGUUGGCUGGAGUUGGAGAUCAGCUAGGGACCAUAUUUGGAAAAGGAAUUGCAAAAGUGGAAGAUACGUUUAUUAAGUGGAAUGUUAGUCAGACCAAGAUUCGCAUCAUCUCCACAAUCAUAUUUACGCUGUUUGGCUGUGUGCUCUUCGUUGCUCUGCCCGCCGUCAUAUUUAAGCACAUAGAAGGCUGGAGCGCUCUGGACGCCAUUUACUUCGUGGUUAUCACUUUAACAACCAUUGGCUUUGGUGACUAUGUUGCAGGUGGAUCCGAUAUUGAAUACCUAGACUUCUACAAGCCUGUCGUGUGGUUUUGGAUCCUCGUAGGACUUGCUUACUUUGCUGCUGUCCUGAGCAUGAUUGGAGACUGGCUCCGAGUGAUUUCGAAAAAGACAAAGGAAGAGGUGGGAGAGUUCCGAGCCCAUGCUGCCGAGUGGACAGCCAAUGUCACGGCUGAGUUCAAGGAAACCAGGAGGCGGCUGAGUGUGGAGAUCUAUGACAAGUUCCAGCGCGCCACUUCCAUUAAGCGGAAGCUCUCUGCAGAACUGGCUGGGAACCACAACCAGGAGCUGACCCCUUGUAGGAGGACCCUGUCCGUGAACCACCUAGCCACCGAGAGGGACGUCUUGCCUCCCUUAUUGAAAACUGAAAGUAUCUAUUUGAAUGGAUUGACGCCACACUGUGCAGGGGAGGAAAUUGCUGUUAUUGAAAACAUUAAAUAGCCCUCUCUUUGAAGAGCCUUAGGCAUAGCCAUAGGUGAGGACUUCUAUAUGCUCUUUAAGACUGUUGCUGGUAGCAUUUUUAAAAAUUGUGCAUGAACUCCAAAAGGGGGAAAAUAGAUACACCCAUCACGGUCAUCUACCAUCAAGAGAAUUUGGAAUUCCGAGCCAGCACUAUCUUUCUGAUGAUGCUUGUACGGUCUAUUUUCUUUGACCAGUGGAAUAAAACAAGCAAUGUCUGAUGCCUUUCUGUGCCCAGACUGUUUUUCUCCCUUUUUCCUAAUGUGCCAUAAGGCUUCAGAAUGAAUUAUAAUUGUUUCCGGUCAUAAUGUAGCUUCGAGGGAUGAGUCCUUAACUUUUCAGGGUCUACCUAACUGAGCCUAGAUACGGACCAUGUAUGGAUGACAACAUUUCUUUUUGUAAAUGGCAAGAAAUUCUUAUGCAGCCUUUUACCUAAGAAAUUUUCUGUCAGUGCCUUAUCUUACGAAGAAACAGAACCUCUCUAGUUAAUAUGUGGUUUCUCCUUCCCCGCCCCACCCCUAGGCUCACCUGCAGUCCUUUACCCCACGACUCCCAUUUGAAUGCCAUACCUUGCUGGAAACAGCGUGUAAAAUGACUGAAGUGGUGAUGCCCGAAGAAGGACUAGAUGCCAAAUUAGAUGGAUAUUGAAGCAACACUCAGAAACCCUAGCGUAAAAGGCACUGCAGCAAAAGAGGUGCACAGAUGGCCCCUCUGAGUAUUUAUUUGUCUCAGGUACCAGUGGUACAUAUACACAGUGUAAUGAUUACCAGGCCAGUAAAAUUGGCUGUUCCCAGUCUCUUUUUUCCUGGCAGUAUUUGGAAUUUAUCAUUUAUUAAUAAGUACAUUUUUAAAGGUGAAGAAAAAUAUAUAUCUAUAUAUGUGAUCUGACAGAAGAAAACUGUUAAAAAUGGAUAUUAUUGGAGGCAAUUUAAGACAAUUGAUGUGAAUUACCAUUUUGAUGAAGAGAGCAAAACAAUGUGUUAUGAGCACUUGCUAAUAAACAUUAUACUGCCAGCAUCGAUUUGCUUUUUGGUGUACGAAAAGCUUGUAUGAUUUCUCUCAUUGGGUGACAUUUGCCAGACAAGGGGAGGCGAAGCAGCCGGCAGGGCUGGGCACAGGCCUGGCCUCCCCUGGGUGUAUCUCUGGAGUGGUGACUGAAGUUGAAACUGGGAUCACUGUGAUUUUGCACAAGGAAGAUGCAGAUUGCAGGCAUAAUUCAUCUCCGACAUUAGAGAAAAGGCUGUUAUAGCACAAUUUAAAUCUUGAGAGCUUUUUGUUUAGAUAGGAAAGGCCAGUAAUCCUUUUAGUUUCAUUUCAUAGCCUGUAACUUUUUGGAUGUUUCCAAAAUUCAGAAGAAAUUCGGUAAAGGCACCCAAUAGAUUGCUACUCUUUCUUUCAUUUUCAUACUUAGAUCUGCUGUACAUUGUAUAUAUAAUUUUUGAAAAUGCAGAAAGAAAAUGAUUUCCCUAAAUAUAAUUGCAAAACAUUUCUUUUACUAUUGUGGGGGGCGUAUCUAAAUAACUGGCAUUCAUAUUAGAGUCUUAAUAAUAAACCCAGGAUCUUUAAAAAAAUCUUAAUAGAUGCUUAUUUUCCAAAAUUUAAAUUUAAGCUACAAAAUGUAAAUAUUCAGUUAAUUUGUUAAAGGUACUUUUAUAAACUUAAAUUCUAACUGAAAUUUUAGAAGGUCAGGCUCUUUGAGAAAGAAAGCUACACCCAUUUCCUCAGUAACUGUUCUGAAAGUUCAUAUGGUGGACUGCACCAUGUAUAAACUGUGAAUUGUAUUGACAAAUAAAGUUUGUAAUUAAAGUCAGCA